AGAGUAGGCCCAACAUCUUCUGCUAACUUCACAGAAGUGUAGACUGCAGGGUUGUGAAACUGUAAACGCGUUUUCUCGAAUAUUUUUAGAAUAUUGUUCAUUCUCACUAUUGGAGGAGUAACACUUUUUAAAAUGGAUGUGGAUAUAACGGAAAAGACUAUUUUAAGGCCUGUAGCCAAAGAUCCUUACGUAGAACUAACGCCGUACCGCGAUCAGCAUUUCAAGGGGAGUCGUGACCAACAAGACAAGCUUUUGAAUCUGACUACAACGCUUUAUGUUGGGAAUUUAUCAUAUUAUACAACAGAAGAACAGAUAUAUGAACUCUUUGGAAAAUGCGGAGAUAUUAAACGAGUUGUUAUGGGGUUAGAUAAAUAUAAGAAAACGCCAUGCGGCUUUUGCUUUGUUGAAUACUACGCAAGAGAUCACGCUGCUGAUGCCAUCAGGUAUAUAAACGGAACGAGGCUUGAUGACAGAGUUGUGCGAACAGACUGGGAUGCUGGAUUCAAAGAAGGAAGGCAAUUUGGAAGAGGAAAAUCUGGUGGACAGGUUCGUGAUGAAUACAGAUCAGAUUACGACCCAGGAAGGGGAGGAUUUGGCGUCAGAGCUCAACUAAAACCAAAGAAUCCUAACAAGUUCGGACAGAAAAAUCAACAACAAAACUAAAUAAUCUUUCAUGGCUGUCUGUGCCCUCUGUGGCAAGAGAAAAACUCUGCGAAGUUGUCGGAUAACUGCUGUUACUCCAUGAAAUUGUACUAUAGCACUAGCAAGUGCUUUUUAUUUCCACCUAUUUGGACAAAAAGCCAUUUUUUGUAGGUUGGGUUGCAGCCACUAUAGAAUUAUCUUGAAAACAAGUUAUCUUUGUACGACCGUAUCAUUAUCGUACGACCAGGGAUGACCAUUACCAAAUUGUUUAUUAUUUUGAAAUAACUUAUUUGAAUAUGGCAUACCGGAGGAAUAUAUUCAAAUUUGUCACCUUCAAAAUUUGGUCCAAACAUUUUAAUGUAUGGUAAUCUUUUCACAACUUCUGAGUUUGAAUUGAACUAACCUCAUUUUUUGUCUGAGAGUCUAAUGUUAUUUGCCAAAGAUGACAAAUUUCAACAUGGAGCCCUCCUAAAUUAUUCCUGGAAUAAAAGAACCUAGACAUCCUUAAUUAAUAGAAAACUGGCAAGUGCAUCUCUACACUAACAAAUAUUUGCAGCCUGGAGUUUUCAUCAAAUAACGUUCAUGUUGGACAUAAUAAAUAUCCUGCUUGGAAGCAGGGUCAGAGUUUAGCAUGUUGAUAAUUGAGUCCGGGCUGUAUUUUCAAACGCUCUGGAGUCUGAAAUCCCUAACGUCUAAAUUUCAUUCUCUUAAUCGUAAAUUUACUUAACCCGAUCGGAGUUGUAGUCAAAAUUAUUUUCAAAAGCAGUUUGGAGUUGAUUGUAAAUUUGUUCCAGACACAAGCUUGAGUAAAAAAAUAGUGUAGUGCUGUAAACUGGGCUUUGAUGAAAUCUGAUAUUGGGCAAUAUUAUUCAAAUUUAUAAUUAGCAAAUGCCCAUGUUCAAGGCUACUCUAAUAACCCAACAUGAUGGAGCCUCAACUCCAGAAAGAACAUCAUAGCUGGUCGGUCAUGACUAGUCACUUGUAACUGAUGACAUCGCUGUUCCUGCAUUGGUUGUUAUUAAUUUUUAUUACGACUUUUUCAUUUUUAUUAGUGUAUUUCUCAAAUUGGAAUUGCAAAACUGAAUUGCGCACAAAUUCAUUUCACAAAAAUAACUUUUAGAUGUUAAAAAGAUGACUUCAAAAAAAUGACUUUGUGAUCACUAACACUCAUGUAGUAUGUGAACCAGGAUGGUGGACCCCCGGAAUGUAGUAUGUGUACCUAGUUAGGGUUAGGCCAUAAUUUCAGGUACAAAUACUAAAGGAAUCACUUGGCUAGUCCUCAAACUCGUAAUAAAACUAAAAUAAGGAAAAUUAUAACCUAACCUGGUACACAUACUACGUUACGGUGUCCGUCAUCUUGGUACACAUACUACUGGAGCGCCUACACUUGUACUAUAGAGCAUUGUUUUUAUUACAAUAAAAAUUGGAAGAACACGCCUCAUUAAUAUGA